UGGGCGGGUGCAUCUGGUAUAAGUGCCCGUGCCCCUGCCCGGCCUGCAUGCGGGUGCUUCUAGAAGUUGCCUGCGCUGCUCUGAGCUGGCGUCAUGAGACUUGCCCUGCUGUGUGGGCUGCUGGUGGCGGCUGGUCUGACUCCAGCCCAGGGAGGCCUCCUGAAUCUGAACAAGAUGGUCCGGCAAGUGACCAAGAAGAUACCCCUCUUCAACUACUGGCCCUAUGGUUGUUACUGCGGACUUGGUGGCAGAGGCCAGCCCAAAGAUGCCACAGACUGGUGCUGCCAGAAGCAUGAUUGUUGCUACAAACACCUGAGGACCUACCAAUGCAGACCCAAGAGGGACCAUUAUAAUUACACCUUUUCCCAGGGGGACGUCCAGUGCCAAUGUGAGCACCUGGAAGACAAGGAUGGAGAGGAACCUUUCCAGCAUCCAGAACAAGGCUGAGGAGAGGAAAUUCUAAUAAGAGAAUGAAUGAAUGAAUGAAUGAAUAGGGACUGAUAGGAAAGCCCAUCCUAUUUCUCUCAACUGGACUCCUUCCCAGCUGUGUGACCUUGGGCUACUGGGGCUACUUCUCUGAUCCUGAUUUUGUGAUCACUAACACGGAGGUGCUAAUGCCUCCCCAGGGAAGGAAAUUUUCCAUCCAACCCUCAUCUGUCUCCUCAGGUGCACCUGCCACUGGUGAGAGUUGGGACAGAGUGGAGGGCAGGAUGGCAGAUGGAAAGUAUAUCACCUCCCAGCCUCCUCCUUCCAGGGAUCAGAAAUCCACCCCCUGCCAAGAACAACCCCCCCACACACUCCCUGGGGAGUCACUGGAAUGAGGUGCAAUCUUUAGGGGGGCUGCCUCUUUCAACCCCAGUGGGUGGCUGAUAAGGGGAAGCUGGGGCUGUCCCCUCCUAUCAAGGGUCAGCGGAGAGGAGGCUGCAGGUGUCCCUGGCUCUGCUGAAGGACCCCAUAAGUGCCCUUCCCUGGCCCCAGGCACCCCAGGGCUGGAAGUGCCGAGCAGGAGAGGUGACAGUCCCACCUCGGUGGCUCCACUUCCUGAGUGGGGGAUGGGAAGACAGGUUUCCAGGAUUCAGGACUCAGCGUGGCCCUGCAGGGUGGGGUCAGUGCUCCCAGCUCACAGAUGGGGACACAUCUCGCCUGAGCUCACUCCAUCAGCAGAAGUGGCAGGGGCCCGGCAAGGGUGAGCAAAAGCCAUGUUAAACCCUGGGUCCUGGGGCCAUCCUGCCCUCCCAGAGGGUGACCCCCAAAGGCAAAGGUCAUCAACUCAAUGAGGGACAAGAGUCGUCCCCCCAGGGGUGGGGUCCUGUUAUAAUGCAGGCCCUUGGGCCCCACACCUUGUGGACCAAGACAAACUGGGACCCUGAAUGGGACUUUAUUUGGGGUCUUAGGAACAGCAGUUCGGGAGGCAGAUCCAGAGAGCUCCGAGUCGGUGUUUGGAGGAAGAGGGGGGCCGAGGGAGCAGACAGCGGGGUAUUUCGGGGCAGCAACAAUUCUUUUGUGGGGAAACAUCUGUGGGAGUCGAGAACAGGUGCAGGGUCUUUGUGAUCCACAAAAGAUGGAGAAAAGAAGUAAAAACGUCCACGCAAGACUCGUGUCUGAGUCUCUGGGCAUGGUGGAGCAAGGCGUCCCCGUCGUCGCUGGCACCAGAAGGGACCAGAGCCCACACCCAGGCCGCAGCGUGAACCACGCAGAGGUCCUGUGUCCUCGCAGAGGUCCUGUGUCCUCGUGGCCUCCGGCUCCACCUGGAACACUCUCCCAGGGCCGUGCCCGUCACCACUUUACCUUUUAUUUUCACAACCUGAAGAGUCCGUGGGCCUGGGUGGGAUGGGGCAGGAGCCUGCGUCUGUCACAAGUUGCACCCAGCCAAGCGCCACGCUGAGCAGGUGUAGAACCCUCUCUGCCUGCGGUGCUCCCCAGUCCUGCUCCACCACUCUCCUGCCCCCACGCCCAGAGCAGCAGAGACCUGCCCCUCUGCCAGUCCCGAGGCCCAGCCUGCUGGUACCUGGGCUCCUUCACCCCACCUGGGCACACUGACCUCCAGCCCAGCCCUACGCCAUGGGCUGCUACUGCUUCAUCUGCCACCCUCGAGGGGCCGAGAAGGCCUGCUCAAACCCUGGUGGAUCAUGGGGAACUUCCCCAGGCCACGUUGAGUACUUCCUCCCUUCCUCCCUCCCUGUCUCUCUCUCUCUCUUUUUCUUUCACUUAACUGAAAUAAUUUAUUUAAGAAGGAAAUUUAUAUCUCUGGUCCAGGGAUAACCAAGAACAAUGGCACCAACAAAAGGUGUCCAUUAAGAACAAAUAGAGCUGGGCACGGUGGCCCACGCCUGUAAUCCUAGCAGCUUGGGAGGCUGAGGCAGG